UAUUCAGAAACGGCUUUGUUGUAAAAAGACAAGAGUAAGAGCCACGUUUUGGCUGCUGAUUUUCUUCUAAUCUAAGAGAAUCUGAAUGAGUAUAUAUGAGUCUUUCCAAGUGUAUUUUUUACUGAGGUUGUUGGCAAGGCUUAUUGAAUCCUGAAAAAUAAAUUAAAGGGUGUCUCUCCAAAGGGAGGGUAUAGAGAAAAUGGGGAGCAAUAGCAUGUUUCGCUAUGCUGAUGGGGUGGAUAAGUUAUUGAUGUUUUUUGGGACCCUGGGAAGCCUUGGAGAUGGACUGCAGAACCCUCUCAUGAUGUAUGUUCUCAGUGAUGUGAUCAACGCCUAUGGAGACAAGAAUAGCAUUUUGACAAAGCAUAUUGUAAACGAGUAUGCAUUCAGGCUUUUAUGUGUUGCAGUUGGAGUUGGGAUUUCUGCUUUUAUAGAAGGAGUAUGUUGGACAAGAACAGCAGAGAGACAGGCUUCCAAAAUGAGAAUGGAAUACCUAAAAUCAGUCCUAAGACAAGAAGUUGGUUACUUUGACACCCAGACUGAUGGUUCUUCAAAAACCUACCAAGUUGUCUCACUCAUCUCCUCAGAUGCAAAUACCAUCCAAGUUGCCUUGAGUGAGAAGAUACCUGACUGCCUGGCUUACAUGUCAACAUUCUUAUUCUGCCACAUCUUUGCAUUUGUACUUUCAUGGAGACUUACACUGGCAGCUAUACCACUCUCUUUCAUGUUCAUUGUUCCAGCACUUAUGUUUGGAAAGAUUAUGCUGGAUGUCACAAUGAAAAUGAUUGAGUCUUAUGGGGUUGCUGGUGGCAUUGCAGAACAAGCAAUAUCUUCAAUAAGAACAGUUUAUUCUUAUGUUGGGGAGAACCAAACACUGAUCAGGUUCAGCAGUGCACUUCAAAAAACUUUGGAAUUUGGAAUAAAGCAAGGUUUUGCCAAGGGCUUGAUGUUAGGAAGCAUGGGAGUUAUUUAUAUAAGUUGGGGGUUUCAGGCUUGGGUUGGAACUUAUCUGAUCACUGAAAAAGGAGAACAAGGUGGCCAUGUGUUUGUAGCUGGCUUCAAUGUCCUCAUGGGAGGACUGAGCAUUUUAAGUGCCCUUCCAAAUUUGACAGCCAUCACAGAGGCAACUUCUGCCAUCACUCGCCUCUAUGAAAUGAUUGAUAGGGUGCCAGAUAUAGAUUCUGAAGACAAGAAAGGAAAGGCUUUAUCACAUGUGAGAGGAGAAAUUGUAUUUAAAGACAUCUAUUUCUGCUACCCAUCUAGGCCAGAUUCACCAGUCUUGCAAGGAUUUAAUCUCACUGUUCCAGCAGGCAAGAGUAUAGGCCUUGUGGGGGGUAGUGGUUCAGGAAAAUCCACUACAAUUGCACUGCUUGAAAGGUUUUAUGACCCUGUUGAAGGAGAAAUACUCUUGGAUGGCCACAAGAUUAAUAGACUUCAAUUGAAAUGGUUGAGAUCCCAUUUUGGCUUAGUAAAUCAAGAGCCAGUUCUUUUUGCCACAUCAAUAAUGGAGAAUAUAAUGUUUGGAAAAGAAGGAGCUUCAAUGGAAAGUGUAAUAGAUGCAGCUAAAGCAGCAAAUGCACAUGAUUUCAUCGUCAAGUUACCGGAUGGAUAUGAAACUCAAGUGGGACAGUUUGGGUUUCAAUUGUCUGGUGGGCAGAAGCAGAGGAUUGCAAUAGCAAGAGCUUUAAUUAGGGAUCCAAAGGUUCUCCUACUUGAUGAAGCAACCAGUGCAUUGGAUUCUCAGUCUGAAAGAGUGGUACAGGCAGCUCUUGAUCAAGCUUCAAAAGGAAGGACAACAAUCAUCAUCGCUCACCGCUUGUCGACAAUAAGAUCAGCCAACCUCAUUGCAGUCCUUCAAGCAGGAAGAGUGAUUGAAUCAGGCACUCAUAAUGAGCUCAUGGAAAUGAAUGGUGGGGAGUAUGCUAGAAUGGUAGAGUUGCAGCAAGGAACAGCAACUCAAAAUGAUGAAUCCAAACUUUCCAAUCUUCAAAUAGAAGGAAACAAGAGCUUCCACUCUCACAGGAUGAGCAUUCCUCAAAGUCCAGGAGUGAGUUUCAGAUCAAGUGCAACAAUAGGCACUCCAAUGUUAUAUCCCUUCAGCCAGGGAUUUUCCAUGGGGACACCUUACUCCUACUCCAUCCAAUAUGACCCUGAUGAUGAUAGUUUUGAAGAUAACAACAUGAAAAGAUCAAAUUAUCCAGCUCCUUCGCAGUGGCGUUUAAUGAAAAUGAAUGCACCUGAAUGGGGAAGAGCUGUGCUAGGACUCUUGGGAGCAUUAGGCUCAGGAGCAGUACAACCUGUGAAUGCAUACUGUGUGGGAAUACUAAUAUCAGUUUAUUUUAACCCUGAUAGCUCUGAGAUGAAGUCUAAAGCUAGAACCUUAGCCCUCAUUUUUUUAGUAAUUGGUGUUUUCAACUUCUUCACUAGUAUACUCCAACACUACAAUUUUGCAGUGAUGGGAGAGAGGUUGACUAAAAGAAUAAGAGAGAAAAUACUUGCAAAAUUGAUGACUUUUGAGAUAGGAUGGUUUGAUGAUGAAGAGAACACAAGUGCAUCCAUUUGUGCAAGGUUAUCCUCUGAAGCCAACUUGGUUCGCUCCCUUGUCGGCGACCGGAUGUCUUUGCUUGCGCAAGCAGUAUUUGGAUCUGUAUUUGCCUACACUGUUGGAAUUGUUCUCACAUGGAGGCUUUCCCUUGUCAUGAUUUCAGUGCAGCCGCUAGUCAUUGGAAGCUUUUACUCAAGAAGUGUCUUGAUGAAGACCAUGGCAGAGAAAACGCGAAAAGCGCAAAGGGAAGGAAGCCAGCUUGCAAGUGAAGCUGUCAUAAACCACAGAACCAUAACUGCCUUCAGUUCUCAGAAAAGAAUGCAGGCACUCUUCAAAUCCACAAUGGUAGGACCUAAAAUGGAAAAUAUCAGGCAGUCAUGGAUUUCAGGCUUUGGUCUUUUCAGCUCCCAAUUUUUCAACACUGCAUCAUCAGCAUUGGCUUUCUGGUAUGGUGGGAGGCUCCUUGUAGAAGGGCUUAUAGAACCAAAGGAACUCUUCCAAGCAUUUCUAAUAUUGCUCUUCACUGCAUACAUCAUUGCAGAAGCUGGAAGCAUGACUUCUGACAUAUCUAAAGGAAGCAAUGCAGUUGGAUCAGUUUUCGCUAUCUUGGACAGGAAAAGUGAGAUUGAUCCUGAGACUGCUUGGGGAGGAGAUAAGAGAAGGAAGAUAAGAGGCAGGGUGGAGCUGAAAAGUGUGUUCUUUUCUUAUCCAACUAGACCUGACCAAAUGAUAUUCCAGGGUCUGAAUCUCAAGGUUGAGGCUGGGAUAACAGUGGCACUGGUGGGGCACAGUGGUUGUGGUAAAUCAACCAUCAUUGGUCUAAUUGAAAGGUUUUAUGAUCCUUUGAAGGGAACGGUAUGCAUAGAUGAACAAGACGUCAAGUCCUAUAAUUUGAGAAUGCUGAGGACACACAUUGCAUUGGUGAGUCAGGAGCCAACACUUUUCAGUGGAACCAUUAGAGAAAACAUUGCCUAUGGGAAAGAAAAUGCAACUGAAUCUGAGAUUAAAAGGGCUGCAACUCUGGCUAAUGCUCAUGAAUUCAUAAGUGGAAUGAAUGAUGGAUAUGACACAUACUGUGGAGAAAGAGGAGUUCAACUUUCAGGAGGUCAGAAACAAAGAAUAGCCAUAGCUCGAGCCAUACUGAAGAAUCCUGCAAUUCUUCUUCUCGAUGAGGCAACAAGUGCACUUGACAGUGCCUCAGAGAUCUUGGUCCAAGAAGCACUUGAGAAGAUAAUGGUUGGAAGAACAUGCAUAGCAGUGGCACACAGGCUAUCCACAAUACAGAAAUCAAACUCCAUUGCUGUGAUUAAGAAUGGGAAGGUUGUGGAACAAGGUUCACAUAAUGAAUUGAUUUCCCUUGGACGUAAUGGAGCAUAUCAUUCUCUUGUUAAACUUCAACAUGGUAGCUCCCCCCCUAGAUGAACUCAAGUAGUUGUAAUAUAUGGUAGACUAUUUUAUCUUUUUUGCUUUGUAAGGAUAAUAACGUACCAAAUGUAAUCAUAAAGUCUAGGUUGCUCUAUAUGAUAUUUGAGUGUGCAUCUUCAAGUUUGUAAUAUUGUAUGCUUGAAAAGUGGUAUAGAUUAUAGACGAGAAAAAUAUGUUUUUGC